AUGGCGGCAAGAUUAAAUAUGAAGAUGGCUGGAGCGAUCACACAUCCUUACCGAGGCAUUGCAGAGAACAGUGGCGGUGGUCGAGUUGUCGGGUCGGAUUCUCAAGGUGGCAUUAACUUCGGUGGACAAUCAAGUUUAAUUAGGAUCCAUCCACAAAGGUUUUCGAUUGGUGGAGUCAAAGUCUUUAAUCAAGGCGACUAUCUGAUGAUCACUGAGCGGCUCUUGUUGUCGGUGCUGCCCAAACACGUGGCGGAGACCAUGCGUCAGGACCUGGGUAGUGGUGGUGAUGGUCAGUUCAAGAAGAUCUAUAUGAGCCGCCACGAGAACGUCAGCAUCCUGUUCGCAGACAUUGUUGGAUUCACCGCCAUCUCCUCCACCUACACCGCCUCAGAGCUCGUCAAGAUGCUCAACGAACUCUUUGCCAGGUUCGAUGGUCUCGCUGAGAAGUACCACCAGCUGCGCAUUAAGAUCCUGGGCGACUGUUACUACUGCGUGUCCGGCGCCCCAGAAGGUGACCACGCCGUCAACUGUGUCCAUAUGGGUCUCUCCAUGAUCGACGCCAUCAAGUGA